GUCGUCCUCGUCAAAACACUUCCGCUUUGCUAACCAGUUUGCCUUUCCAGCGUAACUGUCGGUGUGAGCACACAUCUGAGUUGAACAUCCACGUAGCUCUGAGGCUAAAAACACUCAUAAAGAUGCCUCCGAAAAAGACCGAAGCCCCGAAACAGCCUCCAUUAAUCGGUCGGUUUGGAACAUCUCUGAAAAUUGGAAUUGUGGGAUUGCCUAAUGUUGGAAAAUCAACAUUUUUCAACGUUCUGACUAAAAGUCAAGCGGCAGCAGAAAACUUCCCAUUCUGCACAAUCGACCCAAAUGAGAGCAGGGUGCCGGUACCGGAUGAACGCUACGAUUUCCUCUGCCAGUAUCACAAACCAGCCAGUAAAGUUCCUGCCUUCCUGAAUGUCGUGGACAUUGCUGGUUUGGUGAAAGGAGCUCACGCGGGGCAGGGACUUGGAAACGCCUUCCUGUCCCACAUCAGUGCCUGUGAUGCCAUCUUUCACAUGACUCGUGCAUUCGACGAUGAAGAUAUUGUCCACGUGGAGGGCAACGUGGACCCAGUGAGAGACAUUGAGAUCAUCCACGAGGAGUUACGACUAAAGGAUGAAGAAAUGAUCGCUCCGAUUAUCGACAAGCUCGAGAAAACGGCUGUGAGGGGAGGAGAUAAGAAACUCAAACCUGAAUAUGAUAUCAUGAUGAAGGUAAAGAACUGGGUGGUGGAUGAGAAGAAGCACGUCCGAUUUUACCAUGACUGGAAUGACAAAGAGAUCGAGGUUUUGAACAAAUACCUUUUUCUGACAUCUAAACCCAUGAUCUACCUGGUUAAUCUUUCAGAGAAGGAUUACAUCAGAAAAAAGAACAAGUGGUUGGCAAAAAUCAAAGAAUGGGUAGACGUUCAUGAUCCUGGUGCCAUGGUCAUUCCCCUGAGUGGAGCUUUGGAGUCCAAACUGCUGGACAUGGAGGAGGAGGACAGGGAUAAGUAUUGCGAGGAACAAAAAACACAAAGUGUUUUGACCAAAAUAAUAAAGACUGGUUAUGCCGCGCUGCAGCUGGAAUACUUCUUCACAGCGGGGCCAGAUGAGGUGCGAGCGUGGACCAUCAGGAAAGGUGCCAAAGCUCCUCAGGCUGCAGGAAAAAUCCACACAGACUUUGAGAAAGGCUUCAUCAUGGCUGAGGUGAUGAAGUACUCCGACUUUAAAGAGGAGGGCAGCGAAAGUGCAGUUAAGGCUGCUGGGAAAUACAGACAACAGGGCAGGAACUACACCGUGGAGGACGGCGACAUUAUCUUUUUCAAAUUCAACACACCCAACGCACCCAAGAAGAAAUAACAGCCUUUUUACCUGGGGAGGAACUCUCAGUACAGUCUAGUUGAAUCCCAAGGAGUUGUGCGGUGUUGGUUUUCACUCUUCUCUUUUGAAUUUUGAGUGGUCGUGGUUCUGAGAACAGGUAAACGGACUUCCAAUUUCCAAACCAAACCUGUCCGUCUGUCACUUAAACUGUUUAACUCUACAGUCUGAGGGAACAACUUAGGUGAGCUAAGAGUGUGAGUAUAAAUUUAGUGUGGUAGAAAGGAAGCCACUGUUUGUUCUGAAGUUCCUGACUAUCAUGAAGGUCAUCUGCUUUUCUUUUUCUGUUCAUUUGUAAGUAUUUAAGACCAAAUGCUCGCCAUGAAUUGACACCAGAAUGAUCAAAUAAGUUUUAUUCAGCCGUUUUCUUUUCCAAGCUCACUUCUUCUGAUCUCCUUUAUUACAUUUCGAUUGUGACUCAGUUGAUUUAGCAAAUUUUAAAAUAAAUAACCAAUAAAACGUCACAGAAUUAUUAUUAUUUUUUUUUAUAUAGAAAAGAAUGAAAACCAUCAUUCCUUGUAUGGCUGAGGAAAAUGCUGUGCUAUGAGUUUUUAAAAGAGCAAGUCUGGCCUUCCAAGCAGUGCUUGAUCAAAUGCCCAAACUGAAAUGUUAGAUAAGCUGCUUUUAUGGACUCCUUUUUGGUUUAGAAGAAAAACACUUUUUCACGUUAACCUCACCCGGCCGGUUGGGUCUGUAUCGGACUGCAGAACAGAAAAGCCACUGAUGUAGGUUCUGGCUGCAUCCGCUGUGUGAAUGUGUUUAUUUACGCUCGAUCACCUUUCAAACCUCCUGGCACAUCCUGGAUUCAAAUGGAGAAAAAAAAAAGUAAUGUCAGCUGAUCAAGGUGCAUGUGCCAAUAAAAAAGAGGGAACAAAA